AUGAAUACUCAAACGCCCGAAAUUCCCCAACGACCAAACAAACAAUCAACUGAAACUGCUGAUGCAGAGCUGACUCCAUUGGUUAUCUUCGAGGAUUCCAACUCGAUCCAGGAAGAUGAACAAAGUAAAUCCCUCCCCGUGUUGUCAGCUGCAGAACUUCCGACUAUUCCACCCAGACCCUCUAUUUCCAAACGACCUUCGAAGACCAAAUCGCAAACAAGCCUGCCACUGAUGGAGAGACUACCAUCAAUUCCAAAACGGCCGACCUCCAAGAAGCAUCCGUCACAAUCCAUAGACGAGACGAGUAUGAACGAGCCAGAGCUAAAUAAGACCGUUGAUCUUAAUUCACAUAAUUCUGGCUUCGAUUUACCACUCUUUGUGAACAGUGACUUAAAACCUUCCGAUGAACUACUCAUUUCAGAGCUAAAUGAUUCGGACGGAGAGGAUAUCAACAAGACUCCAUCUAAUAGCCGUACUAAGGUGAGUCUCAAAGAUGAUCUGGAUAAUUUUGGUAGUGGUGCAAGUGACACCGAUUCUCUGGUUUUCAAUGACGAUGCGGAGACAAUGCUUCAAGAAGUCGAGGAUUCUGGUACGUCAACGCAGGUUUUGGAGAGUACGAUCAAAGAGCAGCCCUCUUCUCUGACCUCUGGGGUAAUGAAUAAUGACGAGGAUGAACAGGAACCAGCCAUAGUACGAGAUACCAAUCCCGGACUAACGAGUACCAGCGGAGCAAAGAGCUCGGUCAUUCUGGAGACUAAGGUAGAUCCUGUGUUGAGUGAUCUCGACCAUCAAAUCAAUAAAAAGGAAGAAGAAAAAGAAGACGAAGAAGAAGAAGGAGAAGUGAAGUUACAAACUAAAGGCAGCAAGUCCGAGCAGAGCAUGCUUAAAGAAGAGUCAGGGCAUAUAACGCACGUAAAACCUACGAUACCAAAGCGGCCAUCUAGACCCCUGAGUGAAGGACAGGCGGAUGAACCGAAUAAGUCAGGUCACAAACCCUUGCGUGAUGAAACGAAGAAACCCCCACCAAGGCCCAAGCCUCUCUCAUCAAAAAUAGCUGCUUUUCAGACUAUGUUCGAGAGCGGAGACCUGUCACUCCUGGGCACGAAGGCAAUCCCACCUCGCCCUGUAAGGAAAUCUGUGGUGACAGAUCCCAACCACUCCGAAGAACCAGUUGACUCUAAUCAAAAUCGAGCAAAGCUAUCUGAGAAGCAUAAAGCUUUCGCUCAAAAUUUGAAAGGAAUGGUUGGCCACGGUAUCCCAUUACCAGGAUUAGCUACGCCUCUGGCUCUUGCUGCUGCAUCAAAAGAGAAGAAUGAAGAUAACAGCGAUCCACCUACGAAAGAGUUGGAACCAUUGGCACGUCCUGGAAAGGGAGCCAGAAAUAGAAUAUCAAAAAGCAGAAAACUACCUGCUAAUUUGAAAUCCGCUGCGCUUGUCGAACCAGACGAAAGUAACACACUCUCCAUUCUGAAUCCCUGGGUGAUUGAUUUAGCCCUGCAUUGA